GCGCGCUGCCGUCUGGCGUGGCCUCGCUAGCCAGCACACACACACUGCGCACAAGAGACGAGCGAGCUGAGCGAGAGCCCCGCGGCCAGCGCGCGGGUGACCCGGCCGCACGCGCACCAACUCCCUUGGACGCACGCGAGCGGCCGGACUGAGCGCAGAGUGAGGAGGAGGUGGAGUAGCUGCAGCACCGGCGCGGCGGCGGCGCGCGCGGGGUGCGAUCAGCGGCCGGGCUGGGAGACCACGCACCGCCGGCAGCUAGCUCUCAAGCGAGAGCUAUUAGCUUAGGCAGCCGGCGAGACCGGUCGACGAUGGGGAGGGCGCCGUGCUGCGAGAAGGUGGGGCUGAAGCGGGGGAGGUGGACGGCGGAGGAGGACGGGAUACUCGCCAGCUACAUUGCCAAGCACGGAGAGGGAUCCUGGAGGUCGCUGCCCAAGAAUGCAGGGCUGCUUCGGUGCGGCAAGAGCUGCCGGCUGCGGUGGAUCAACUACCUCCGGGCGGACGUGAAGAGGGGGAACAUCUCCAAGGAGGAAGAGUACGUCAUCAUCAAGCUCCACGCCACCCUUGGGAACAGGUGGUCCCUGAUCGCCAGCCACCUGCCCGGCCGAACAGACAACGAGAUCAAGAACUACUGGAACUCGCACCUCAGCCGGCAGAUCCACACGUACCGCCGGACCUACACCGCCGGCCCGGACGCCGCCAUCACCAUCGACAUGAGCAAGCUGCACAGCGCCGACAAGCGCCGCGGCGGACGGACCCCGGGCCGCUCGCCGAAGAGCGCCGCUGCCACCGCCAGCGGCGGCGGUAGCAAGGCCAGGAGCAAGCAGCUGCCGGACCGCGAUAAGAAGCCUGAGGCGGCGGAGUCCGGCGAGGAGAAAGGCGCCUCCGGGCCGGUGGCCGCCGCCGCGGCGUCAGCGGCGUCGAGCCCGCGGCACAGCGACGGGGCGCGGAGCGCCGUGGUGGACCCGGACCGGAACCAGCCCGGCAGCAGCAGCGGCGUCGCCGGCGGCGGGGGCACCAACACGCCCGAGGGGCCCUGGAGCGAGGACGCGACCGGGCCGCUGGUGCUGGACCCGACGGCGAUGGAGUUUGGGGGCCUCUGGGAGGCUGAGAGCGAGAUGGAGGCCCUGCUGUCGAGCGGCGGCGGUAUCGGGCCUGACCAUGAUCCGCUUACCGGGUUUGAAGCGGUGUGCGAGGCCCAGGUGGACGACCUCCUCGACAUGGACUGGGACGGCUUCGCGGCCCAUCUCUGGGGCGAGCCUCCCGCCGCUGCCCACCAGGAGCAGCAGAACGACGACGACCGAAGCACGCUGCUCCAGCCCGAUGAGCCGCAGGCCGCCGCUGCGGGCUGCAGCAACAACCAGGAGGACGAGCUGGAGUCGUUCGCGACCUGGCUCCUGUCGGACUCGUUCUGACUUCUGAGAGCUCGUUCCGUCGUCAAACUGAUGAGGUCAAGCAGGUGUUCAUGUGAUCAAGGCAGGCAGCUAGGUGUUCCUGUGUACAGUCUCUUGUGAAGUUUUAGCUUGUAGUUGUAGCUAAUAGGUGCCGUUUCGUGCCUGGAAUGGACUUGCUUCAGGUCAAAUUGUAGACUCUAGUGUUAAGGGUUUGCAUCGCAUCGCAUGGCGACAUGCGUGUAAGGGUCGUUCAGCUCUGCAUCUCUCCCAGUGAAGACCAGUAAAAGCCCAGCUGUAGUGGGUAGCUGUAGUCCUUCGGUUUUCUGAACAGGGAGGGAAACGAUCAUUCUGGUAUGAAA